AUGUCAAGUCCAGCACGGCGACGUUUAAUGAGAGAUUUCAAACGUAUGCAACAAGAUCCACCAGCAGGUGUAAGCGCAUCCCCAAUAGCAGAUAAUGUUAUGCUUUGGAAUGCAGUAAUUAUUGGGCCAGCAGAAACACCAUUUGAAGAUGGAACAUUCCGACUUAUAAUGCAGUUUGAUGAACAAUAUCCAAACAAACCUCCAUUUGUACGGUUUCUUUCAAAAAUGUUCCAUCCAAAUGUUUAUACAAAUGGGGAAUUAUGCUUAGAUAUUCUUCAGAAUCGUUGGUCUCCAACAUAUGAUGUCGCAGCAAUUCUUACAAGUAUUCAAUCUCUUUUAAAUGACCCAAAUAACAAUUCACCUGCAAAUGCGGAAGCAGCACAACUCAAUAAAGACAAUAAAAAAGAAUAUAUUAGACGUGUUAAAGAAACAGUUGAAUGGUCCUGGGAGUAG